AUGGAUAAUCUUCCAAAAUGUGAUGCAAAUUAUGUUGCUCUUUCUCCAUUAUCUUUCAUGAAAAGAGCUGCUUCUGUUUAUGCCAAUCGCACUUCUAUCAUUUAUGAAUGCACUCGUUUCACUUGGGCGCAAACCUAUCAUCGUUGUUCUCGCCUCGCCUCGUCCCUCCGUGCACUCAACAUCGUUAAAAAUGAUGUCGUGUCUGUCCUGGCUCCGAAUGUUCCUGCUAUGUAUGAGAUGCACUUUGCAGUACCAAUGGCAGGAGCAAUCCUCAACACGAUCAAUACUAGACUUGACGCCAAGACCAUAGCCACCAUUCUCCGCCACUCUGAAGCCAAGAUAUUCUUUAUAGACUGCCAAUAUGUUCCUCUUGCACAGGAUGCCCUCCGGUUACUCACCGAUGAAGCGACUCUUCCUUUGGUUGUUGUCAUCGAUGACAUGGACUCACCCACCGGAGUACGACUAGGCGAGUUUGAAUACGAAAAACUUAUCCAAAUGGGGAAUCCUGAUAACAUCCCGGAAGAAAUUCAAGACGAAUGGGAUCCGAUUGCCUUGAAUUACACGUCAGGUACAACUUCGGAGCCGAAAGGAGUUGUUUAUAGCCAUAGAGGUGCUUAUCUCAGUACACUUAGCCUGAUUCUCGGCUGGGAAAUGAGCAAUGAGCCUGUCUAUCUUUGGUCUCUUCCUAUGUUUCACUGCAACGGCUGGACUCUCACAUGGGGAACCGCUGCUCGCGGUGGUACCAAUGUCUGUAUCCGCAACACAACGGCGUACGACAUGUUUCGCAGCAUCAAUACACAUAAGGUGACGCACAUGUGUUGUGCUCCAACCGUUUUCAAUAUCCUUCUCGAGGCGAAACCAGACGAGCGCCGCCAAAUUACAUCCACCGUCGAAGUUCUCACAGGCGGCGCGCCACCGCCAGCUUCACUACUCGAAAAAAUAGAGCCGUUGGGAUUCCAUGUCACGCAUGCUUAUGGACUGACAGAGGCAACCGGGCCAGCACUUGUUUGCGAGUGGCAGAGGAAAUGGAAUAAGCUGCCGAAAGAUGAUCAAGCAAAACUAAAAGCCAGACAAGGAAUCAGCAUGCUUACAUUAGCAGAUGUAGAUGUGAAAGAUCUUAAGACGACGACGAGUGUUCCGCGAGACGGAAAAACAAUGGGAGAGAUUGUGUUACGAGGAAGCAGCAUAAUGAAAGGCUACUUCAAAGAUCCAAAAGCAACAACCACGGCGUUCAAGAAUGGCUGGUUCGCCACCGGGGAUGUCGGAGUCAUACAUCCGGAUGGGUAUGUAGAAAUUAAGGACAGAUCAAAGGAUGUAAUAAUAUCAGGCGGAGAAAACAUUAGUAGUGUCGAAUUGGAAUCGGUGUUAUACAGACAUCCCAGAGUUUUGGAAGCAGCAGUAGUCUCCAUGCCGCAUCCGACAUGGGGAGAAAGUCCGUGUGCUUUUGUUGCUGUCAAGAAAAACUCGCAUCAACAAACAUGUGACGUUAAAGAAGAUGAUAUCGUGUCUUAUUGCCGGAAAAAUCUUCCCAAAUACGCGAUUCCGAAGAAGGUCGUGUUCUUGCCGGAGUUACCAAAGACGUCCACCGGAAAGAUUCAGAAGUUUCAGUUAAGGGCAUUGGCAAAGACUUUUGAAGUGUCUAAUAAUGUUGACAAGUUCAAGAAAGACAGCAGCGAAAAGGCUGGUACAUCAUCAUCGUCGUCAGAUCAAGUUGGAGAUCAUGCUCAUCAGCCUGUUCGUAAACAUGUUCUUGCUAAGUCUCGUCUUUGAUGUAUU